ACUCUUUCCCCUUAUGCUCCUCCUCUCACCAUGUCGUCCUUCAAAAAUGGAAUCCUUUUCUUUAUUUUCUCUCUUCUUUUUCUCUCUCCGCUUCCCUCCACCGCCCAACCACCCGAUCCAAACGAAGGCCGUUACUCCUACGCUCGUUUCACUCCUUCCAUGGCUAUAAUCGUGGUCGUCUUAAUUGCUGCUUUGUUCUUUAUGGGUUUCUUCUCUAUUUAUAUUCGGAACCGUUCCGAAGCCAACGGAAGCGUCGUCCGCCCUGUCAACGGAGGAGCCGGGCGUUCCCGUCGCGGGGUGCGUGGUCUUGAAGCGUCGGUCAUCGAGACUUUCCCCACCAUGGUUUACUCCGAAGUUAGGGUUCAUAAGAUCGGCAAUGGAGCUUUGGAGUGUGCGGUUUGUCUGAACGAGUUCGAAGACGACGAAACGCUGCGUUUAAUCCCCAAAUGCGACCACGUUUUCCAUCCUGAAUGUAUCGAUGCUUGGCUGGCUUCUCACACCACUUGCCCCGUUUGCAGAGCUAAUCUCGCUCCUCAAGCGGGUGACCCGGUGAGUCAACCCACUGAGUCGGAUAACACCGCCACGGAAAUGGACCUCGAGGCUCAAAACGAAGGUGGUGACUCGGAAACGGUAGAAGAACGAAGGAGAAAUGCUAAUAACGUUGACUGUGACGAGGAGGCUGACGUUGCUCUGGGGAUUGAAGUAAUUGACUUGAAUCGAACUUUAAACAGGAACCGUACACGUGGAUCAAUAUCAAGCCGGACGCGUAGGUUCUUUUUUCCACGAUCACACUCGACCGGACAUUCUCUGGUCCAACCGGGUCAAAACACGAACCGGUUCACUUUGCGAUUACCAGUCGAUGUUCGAAAACAGUUAAUGAACCGGAAGUUGAAUCGGGCAACGAGCUUAGUGUUGCCUAGGGAAAGAAGCUCACGGCGAGGGUAUCGAGCCGGAGAAGACGGUGGAAGCAGUAGAGGAAAGUCUUUGAGAUGGUUCGACGAGUCGGACCGCGGAGUGAAGUCGGACCGGUGGGUGUUUAGUAUGGCACCACCGUUUAUUAGUAGAGCAUCAUCCAUGAAAUCACCAAAGGUGGCGGCUGAUAAUGGCGAAGGGACCUCGGGUUCCAGUUUGACAGUUGGACCGGCGGCUGACUCAAACCGUCCUCCGGUUUAAUGUCCGAUCUUAUUUUUCAACGACUUGGAUCAUGGUCGCUUAAUUCUAUAAUUUUUUUUAGCCACGGCAUUUGUGUAGAUAUGAUCAUUUUCGAUGAAAUGUUUAUUUAAUAUUUUUUAUCUAUCAAAAACAUUCUUUUUAGUA